UAAUUCGAGUGCCAUCACAUCCAAUGCCUACGAAAUAUUAGAUAUUGUUUUCUCGGGUUUUCUAGCACCACCGUCCAUACCACCUCUCCAAGGCGCUCAUCAACAACUAAACUUGAUCACAUCGUAAAAAUGCCUUUGGUUAAUCAAGAAGAGGAAAAGCCAUUCCUGUCUGUUUAUGACGGAGAUGGGACUGAGAGUCUUAACACUCCUAAGGAUGGUAACCGAAUCUCACAGAAUCUAUCUUUCAAGAUCCAUAGCAUACUCUUCGCCUUCCAAAUUGCUUUCCUAAUCACGAAUAUCUCCUUGCUCAUUCAAAACAUCACGCCCCGCCUCUGUCGAGUUGGCCAAGGAUUAGACAAUGCUAUACUCGAGAAGACAUUCACACCUGCUGAAGUAGCUGUCGAGUACAAUGUCCAGGAGAUCAAUUAUGAACAAGAUUUUGACCUAUUUGCUGGUAAACCAAGGCCCGAGCUUGACCUAGCAUGGUCGCAAUUAUUGAAAUCAUCGAUGCUCAAGAUUUCCGAGGACGAGAUGAGACAAAUGAACAAGACAUCUAUCUCGCUACGAGAUGGUAGCGGUUAUAUUGGUUACCUCGAAUCUCUUCAUAUGUUACAUUGUGUUAAAAGAAUAUACCAAUUCCAAUAUCCGGAUUAUUAUCCCGACAUCCAGGACGAAAAUGAAUACGCAUUUUCCAAUGCUCAUAUGGAUCAUUGCCUUGCAGUCCUCCGUCAAGGAAUCAUGUGCAAUGCCGACCUAACAGUCAACACGUACUUUUGGGAAAGUUCUAAACGAAUAAGAGGUGACAGGUCAGGCCACCGCAAAUGUAUGAACUGGGAACGCAUACAGGCAUGGGCUGAAGAAAGAUCACUCGCCGCUAGAGACAGAGACAGUUUCAUUGCUACUCUGGUACCAAGUGAUGAAGCUGGGACUCUUGGCCCUGUGUACUGAGCAAAUAGGCUGCUAGUGUAACGAACUCGACACCGAGGAGGUAUUCCAUCUCAUAUAAUACAACUUAGGUAGCUCAUCAGUAAUCAAGCACUAUGCUAAACUCAGGGCGUAUCCCAUUGGUUUGCACAAGACUAGG